GGCAGCAGCACCUCUACAACCCCCGGCGGCGGCGGCGGCAACACCACCGGCGGCUGCGCUUCCGUGCCCGCGCCAUCCAAAACCAAGAAGGCCAGCUCGGGACUGCGACGGCCGGAGAAGCCGCCCUAUUCGUACAUCGCGCUGAUCGUGAUGGCCAUCCAGAGCUCGCCUUCCAAGCGGCUGACGCUCAGCGAGAUCUACCAGUUCCUGCAGGCCCGCUUCCCCUUCUUUCGCGGCGCCUACCAGGGCUGGAAGAACUCGGUGCGGCACAACCUCUCCCUCAACGAGUGCUUCAUCAAGCUUCCCAAAGGGCUGGGCCGGCCGGGCAAGGGCCACUACUGGACCAUCGACCCGGCCAGCGAGUUCAUGUUCGAGGAAGGCUCCUUCCGCCGCCGCCCGCGGGGCUUCCGAAGGAAAUGCCAGGCGCUCAAGCCCACCAUGUACCACCGCAUGGUCAACGGGCUGAGCUUUCUCCCGCAGGGCUUCGACUUCCAGGCGCCCCCGGCCGCGCCCCUGGGCUGCCACCCCAGCAGCUACAACCCCCUGGACGUGAUGCAGGCCGGCGCUGCCUACGAAGCCCACCACGUCCCGCACAUGUCGCCUAACCCGGGCUCCACGUACAUGGCCAGUUGCCCGGUCCCGUCCAACGGCCCUGAUUAUGGGCCGGACAGCAGCAGCAGCCCGGUGCCUUCCUCGCCGGCCAUGGCCAGCGCCAUCGAGUGCCACUCGCCCUACGGCAGCCCUGCCGGACACUGGACUGCCUCCGCGGCCUCGCCCUAUCUCAAGCAGCAGGCCCUGCAGCCGCCGCCGCCGCCCGCCGCCGCCGCCCCUGCAGGCAUCCACUCGGGAGUGGCCUCCUAUUCGCUGGAGCAGAGCUACCUGCACCAAAACGGCAGGGAAGACCUCUCAGUGGGGCUUCCUCGGUACCAGCACCACCCCAGCCCGGUGUGCGACCGGAAGGACUUCGUCCUCAAUUUCAACGGCAUCUCGUCCUUCCACCCAUCGGCCAGCAGCUCCUACUAUCACCACCACCACCACCACCACCACCACCAAAGCGUCUGCCAAGACAUCAAGCCCUGUGUGAUGUAAACGCGCACUCUUCAGCGGAACGGAAGGAGCCGGCGGGCGGCCGCAGGCGGAGGGCGGUGCGGGGCCGCAGAGGCGCCCCCAAAUCCAGCGCGGCCGGGGCAGGGCGCGGAAUAACACCACGGCCCCGAGGCCCGCUCAGCCCCCGAAAGUACCCUGCUCCCGUGGCGCGCCUGAUGGAAGCCAGCGCAGAGACGCCCCUUUGCCCCGCUGGCCUCGCGCAGCGCGAUCCUCCGCAGUCGGGACCGGAGCUUCGUUGCAGCCGGGACGUUUGCCUGAUCCUUUCCUGCCUCUUUGAAACCGAAGCCCCCCUCCCCCCCACCGCCGGACUGAUGCCUUGCAGAAGCCUCCCCUCCGCAGCGAGCCCCUCCGUGCCCUCUCCCGUAGAGGGACCAACCCCGUAUAGGACUGCUGCCUUACUGGGGACAAGUUCACAGUUGCAAGCCCCGCGCAUAGCACAAGAGGGGAGGUCCACUGCUCCCACCUCGCCUGCCCCUCGCAGUCAGCCCGACGGAGACGAUGGGCGCUGAAGUCUGAGGCUCCGGUUAAUAGACGCCCGGCCCGAGGGGCCCCCGAAGUGCUCUCUCCCCCCUCUCCCCCCGAGAAAGGAAACGCCUGCUUAGACCGGGCUGCGAGCGCCCUGAGCCGGCGUUGGGCUGCACAGCCUUCCUCGGCCCGAGGCCCUCCGGAGAAAUUAGGUCACGAUUCCCACCCUCCUUAUUUUAUAAGAUGGUGGUUUAUGCGGUGGUUUCUGCAAGUUCGUAAUGAGGCUGCCCUAUUCCUUUGCUAGCCCGUGUUUUCAAAAGACGAAGCACAUCAUGUUUUCCGUUUCAUUUUAUUUUAUGUCUAGGUGUUUUAUUUAAACAGCAAAAUUUAAAAGGUUGGAUUCGGACUUGGCACAAGCCUACUGAAAUCAAUAGGAUUUUAAAUGAAACUCCAUUAAAUUCUGUUGAAUGAUUCUAAGGAUGAGUAAGUUUGGUGCCAACCCACUGAAAAUGUUUGGCAAGCAGCAGCCAACUUGGUUGGAAGUUGCCCUCUUUUCAUUACACAAAACUUAAAAAAAUUUUUUUAAAGAUGUUCUUUGGAGUAAAAUGUGUCCAAGUAACUCAGACAGAAUCUCAGCCACUGAGCUCAACUUCGUCUAUGAUCUAAACGAAGUACGUUGUACUCCCAUUUCAUUAGCAUCGCAUCGUCAUUUACUUGACAACCUCAUUUCCCACAUGCAUAUUCAGAGAAGGGCAAAUAAGAAUUGAAAGUCUUCUAGCGGCAGGAUCCACCAAUUGGUGACUUCAAGCGUUGCCAAGCCAUCGUUGAGGCGAUGUAAAUAGUCCUUAUUGCAAGUCUUUCGGCACAACGACGGCUGGCUGGCGCUCGAAGACGCUAGUGCGAGAUCCAUCCUGCCUCUGGUGUUUUUGCUUCAGCGUCCUGAAGAGUUCCUUCCUCUGUGUGAAGGUCUCAGGAAGAGAGGCGAGGCAUUCUUUUCUUUACUGUCAUAGUAGCCACGGGAUACGCGGUUAGGAGGUAACAAAAACGAAAGUCUUUUUGUAGCAGAAAGCCUUUGGUCGUUCCCAACCUCAAGGCUUCUUUCUGUCUUGAUUUGUAUUAAAUGCUUUAUUAUUCCAGUGUGCCGCUGAGGGAGUCCGCUGGCAUCCACCAGCAUUAUUAAGCAGCACUGAUCUCGGGGUGGGAUGUGAGUCCUGCCACCAGCAUCUCCAAAUUUCCGGGUUUGGUUAACUCGUCUUGUCUUCAAAUAUUGCAACAUUACCACGUUUGGGGUUAGUUUGUUUUCUAUUUUUUUUCCUUAAGCGUUUAUAUCACAGUUGCUGUUGUUUUGUUUUGUUUUGUUUUUAAGAAAAAUGAAUUGAAAUAAAUCUCGUGUAUACUCGCACACUAUCGCUUUUCAACCGGAGAGUAUAAUUUGCACUUAUGUAUAACGUUUGUUGGUUUGUCAGAAAUUGUGAUGUACAAAGUUCUUGGGGUGGGUGUUUUUCCCCCAAUAAAAUGUAUGUGACACGUG